AUGAGCAGCAACAGCACAGAGCCUUGGUGGUCACAAUGGAAUCCAGAAGACGUGAGCAUCGCCGAUAAGUCGGUGCCUGAUUCGUGGAAAAUCUGCGCUAUCAGCGGCGUGUACUUCGGCGGAAACAAGUACAGCGGCUCGCUUGGCGCCCGUAUCUCGUCGGUGUUCGUCAUCUUUUUUGUAUCGACUUUUUUCACCUUGUUCCCGGUGAUUGCGGCGCGUGUAAAGAGAUUGAGAAUCCCCAGGUACGUGUACCUGUUUGCGAGGUAUUUUGGUACUGGUGUUAUUGUUGCCACAGCUUUUAUCCAUCUACUGGACCCUGCAUACGGUGAGAUUGGCGGAGAUUCCUGUGUGGGUCAAACAGGCCACUGGGCUGACUACAGUUGGUGUCCCGCCAUCGUUUUGCUUACCGUAUUUAUGGUCUUCUUGGUUGACUUGGCCAGUGAUGUGUUUGUGCAGCGCAAGUUCGGCAUUCGUCACAAUCAUGGGGGCGACGACAUCGAAAACGUUAUCGUCAGGAAGGAAGACAAUUCACCAGUGGGCGACGUCGAUCUUGAAAGCGAAGGCCACUUUAAUGCAGUAACCGAGUCUGACGAAAAAAGCAAAAAGUCCUACGAUCUUAUUUCCAAUGCUAGUACAGAACUUGUACUACAAUCGUUUGAAAGUCAAAUUGCUGCGUUCUUAGUUCUGGAAUUUGGUGUCAUCUUCCACUCUGUUAUGAUCGGUUUAAAUUUGGGAACUACCGACGAUGAAUUUUCGACUCUUUACCCAGUUCUGGUUUUCCAUCAAUCUUUCGAAGGUCUUGGUAUUGGCGCUAGACUUUCUGCUAUCAAAUUUCCACAGGGCAAGAAAUGGUGGCCAUACGCUUUGUGCGUCGCCUACGGUAUGGCCACUCCUAUCUGCAUCGCCAUUGGUCUUGGCGUUAGAACGACGUAUAAUGGUAAUUCCUUUACCGUGAACAUUGUGUCUGGUGUCCUGGAUGCCAUUUCUGCUGGUAUUUUGAUCUACACUGGUUUGGUUGAGCUUCUUGCUCGUGAUUUUAUUUUUGACGAAAACAGAACUAACGACAUUCCCAAACUAUUGUUCAUGGUCACUUGCACUCUAUUCGGUGCUGGUAUUAUGGCCUUGCUUGGCAAGUGGGCAUAG